AUGAAAAUUACCUGUACGGAUGAAAGUGGCAAUGUGUACUCAGCGGAAUUGGAUCCAACCGCGAUGGUUGAGGACCUUUCCGUUCUUGUAGAGGUGGAGAUUGGUAUACCCGUGGAGGAACAGUUGCUUAUGGCACCUACCGGUGCGAUAUUGCGUCUGGAUGAAACGUUUGGGGCCCAGGGUAUAACAACUGACUGUUGUGUCACGGUGAGACGCCAGGUGUUGGGAGGAGGCUUGAAACGGCCAGCGGAAGAGCGACCAGACAGGAUACCGGAAGUGCAGGCCAGUGAAGAACGAUCUCACAUACUGGAGCUGUACGCAACCGAACUGAUGUCUGACCAGGAUCAGUUGCAGCAGCUCGUGUCGCCGGAGUUUGACGAAACAGACCCGGCCAUACAGAGCAGGAUAUAUGAGGAAAUUAGUAAGCGCAACGUGGAAGAGAACUUAGCAAAUGCGCUUGAGUUUGCACCAGAGGCGUUCACCCGUGUAAGCAUGCUCCACGUCACGGUUGAGAUUAAUAAGGUAAAGGUGAAGGCCUUGGUUGAUUGCGGCGCGCAAACGUCCGUCGUGAGUGCCGCCACCGCCGAGCGCUGCGGCAUCAAUUGGUUGGUUGACAAGAGGGCAGUGGGUACCGUUCACGGUGUUGGUGAGCAGCGUUCGCUGGGUCGAAUUCAUCUUACGCAGGCAAACCUAGGUGGGUUGUUUAUUCCCAUCUCUCUAGUUGUACUAGAAAGUGAAACUUUUGAUCUCAUUAUUGGACUAGACCAGAUGAAAAAGCACCGCAUGAUCAUUGACCUCAAGGACGAUUGCCUGCGUGUGGGUGGUACCGCUAUACCAUUUCUCAGUGACUCAGAAGUAUCGGAAGAACCGCAUAGGGGGACACCAUUUGUGCUUGGAGGUGGCGAUGGCAACGAGGACAACAAUGCCGCAGAUGUUCCGACGGCUGGCGCAAAUCAGGGCACGGCAGCGAAAAGAAGUACGGCACCUUCCGGCCCUAACAUCAGCUCCGCUGAAAAGGAGCAGGCAAUCGAGACAUUCGUUUCUCUAACCCACCUCGAAAGACAGCAGGCCAUUGCACUCCUCGAGGCUGUGAACUGGAACCCACAUGCGGCCAUGUCACUUCUGAUGGAGGAGUGA